AUAACUAAUAGCACUUAAAGGAACAAAUAAUAAGUUUAAGUGAAAUGGCGCCUCAAGUAACCGUACUGCCUCCGCUGGAAAUACAGCCUCAAAUUCCACCCCUCAUAUCAGUUAGCUCUUGCAUUGUUUUGGCUGUCAUCUAUGUGGGCAGUCUCUACGUAUGGAGCACCAAACACAAUCGUGAUCAUCCAACGACAAUAAAGCGACGCUUCGCUAGCGUCUGCUGUGUGAUGUUAAUCGCGCCGGUAUUUGUGUAUUUCCUCUCAUCGCCAGAAUUGCUGGAACGUGAGCCAUUCCCAAAGUUAAUUGGCUUCCGCUUGGAGGGAUUAUGGCAGGCGAUUGUAAUUCCCUACCUGCUCACAGCUCUCCUAUUUUUGGGACCUAUAUUUGUGAAUUUCCAGAAUGAAUCGUUCAGUUCCUACUUUGAUAUGGACUACUGGCGUGGCUCUUGUAGUAACAUUAUCUGGAUACGUAACCUUGUGAUGGCGCCUCUGAGUGAGGAAUUUGUCUAUCGUGCCUGCAUGAUGCCACUUAUACUACAAAGUUUCCCGCCAAUGACUGCUGUAUUUAUAACUCCGCUAUUCUUUGGCGUUGCUCACUUGCAUCACAUAGCCGAGAGAUUGAGCAUGGGCAUGGAGCUCAGUACCGCAUUGCUGAUAGGUCUGUUCCAGUUCAUCUAUACGACACUCUUUGGUUUCUAUUCGGCAUUUUUGUUUGCUCGCACGGGACAUUUUGUUGCACCACUGCUGGCUCACGCUUUAUGCAACCAUAUGGGAUUACCUGAUGUCCAGGAUCUUUGGCAGCAAGAUCUAUGGCGGCGAGUUCUUGCAGUUGUUUUGUAUGUUGUGGGACUUGCUGGUUGGAUUUUCCUACUGCCCAUAGCUACUGAGCCGUCGCUCUACAGCAAUAAGCUUUAUUGGAAUGUUUAAAAACCAAAACAUUGAAAUCAUUGUAUUGUUGCCAUAUUCGAGAGUUCGUUGUCCAUACAUACAUAAAGGUUUAUGUAUAUUAGUUAGUCAUAUCAUAGAAAACUGACUGUACAAUGUAUUAUUAAGUCUUCCGUUAAAUAAAUAAACAGUAGUUAUUUU